AUGAGUCUCGCGGACCGUAUACCUCUUCUUAAUCUAUCGGAGGAGAGAGACCCAGCCACGAUCACCAGCAUACAGAAAGCGCUGCUUCGGUAUGGCGUCUUUCGCCUCUGGGCGCCGGAUCUCAAGAGCGCCCAUUCUCUCGAGCUACGGAAGAAUGCUGGUGAAUUCUUUCAGCUCCCGCUUGAUGUAAAAGCAAGAACGACAGGAUACACUGCUUUCGACUCGGAACUUGUUCGCGGCGACACUCCUAUUCCGAAAGAAUCGAUCUACUUCUUUCGAGGAGGCGACGUGCAACACAAUCCGCCUCCUUCGGCUCUUUGCGACUCAAUGUUUUGGUUGCGCGAUAAAUGGAAACCGUUGAAAGACACCCUCUUCGCGAGCAUGUCUGAUGAAAUCCUCAAGUCCAGUGUCCCUUUGACCGGGAACCCUCGGCUAGAUACCGAAUCCUUUGGGAUCAAUUUCUACAACCCACGGCAGCUGGACAGUGAAAUAGCCGAGUAUAACCCUGCCCACAUGGAUCCCGGUACGUUGGUGUUAUUGAUUCGGGAUGACAGCACCGAUGAUGGCUUGGAGAUUGCCGAUCUUCUGUCUACAACUAAAUUCGGUAGCAGGGACAUAGGACAAGAGGCGUAUUUCUUUCCUAUCCCUUCAAACCCUGGUGAAGUUCUCGUACUGGUGGGUACUCGGUUGCAACGUCUGUUGGGCAGGGACAAGGUAAGACCAUGCGUUCAUCGAGUUCGCGCUCGUGCUCCAGAAAGGAGACAAGAGGAAGAAGUCAGGUUGAGUUUUACGAUUGCAUGCGCUGCAAGUCCCCCUCCUGAAGUAUAG